AUCUUCGAUGAUCGAUAAGUGCUUCUUGGAUGCUGGCAACUCUAGCUAGCUAGAUAGUAGUAGCUUAUCUCAGAUAACCAGAGGAGGUAUAUCGGUAAGGCACAAUGCGAUCUUGGUAUCUUAGGGAAACAGUAGGAGAGAGAUAGCCAGUAGUAGUGUACGAUGCAACUGUGGAGGGGAUGGGCUGCUGGAGAUCAAAAAUCCCAAGCAGACCCCUCUGCGGUCACAAUCGAGCCAGAGAGGCGAGAAGAGCAUGAAAAGGUAGAAGAACCCAGACCCGAUCAAGUAGAAGCAUCAAACGACAUCACCAUGGCGCCGAAACCGGCAAUCUACGAGUCCAGCAAAGGCGGUGACAGCGAGCAUAACCUCAUGGCUGCCUCUCGGGAAGCUGCCAAUUAUACCAAAGAAUAUCCUGCCGAGUAUGACGAAGCGUCUGUUUCUGAUGCUGAACACUCUUUUGUCUCUAACUCGGACGUUAGCACCACGGAUGGAGAACACGAAGAUGAAUCCUACCGUAAGGAAAGGCGCUCGCGUCGUCGUCGCAGCCGCAAGAAGAAGUCGCGAAGCAAGGAACGACGAUCCAGGUCUAGAAGCGUUGACAGGGGCCACCAUGAAAAAGAGGAAGACCGUCCUGAGAAACCUGAAGCCGAAUCAGAGGAAUUUGUUCAGGACAGUGGCCUUGAUGACAGCUCUGUUCCUUCGCAGCAUCGGUCCUCCAUCUUCCACCAAGAUGUGGAGCACGCUCCACCUGUUGUUUUGCCUUCUGGAAAAAAUUCCGAUCAGCCCGUUGUGAAGCUGCUGAACUUCCAGACCUUGCAUAGAGCCGAACAGGAUCGUCUUCCUGAGUAUUCAGAGGAACUCAAGAAGAUUGUCACUCAGUGGACUGACUGCAAGAUUACGCUUCAGCGUCUCUUGGAUGAAGUCGAGCAUGCAAACCACUUGUUCCAGGUCUCGGAGGCCUCUUUCCACCAGUACUCCCAUGUCAUGUUCACUAUCCACAAGGAUAUCUUCUUGGACGAUCAGGGAAACCGUGUUACGAGCAGUGCCCGUCAGCAGCUCUUGCUCAAGCAACGCGGAAGUGGUAACUCGGAUAUCAUUCCUGGCAGAGAUGAAUCCACCCUCUUGAGCAGCGAAGGUUACCUCGAGCCCUUGUACAACUCAUUCUCGGUGUUGACAGAUACAAUGAUGAAAACGGUCCUGGAAAGAGAAUCAGAAAAUGGCAAACAGGCAGCUGCCAUUGAGUUCCAGGAAUUCAGUGAAGAACUGAUCACCCAGGCUGAGGCAAUGAGAGCUUUGGGUGACUCUGUGGUCAAGGAAAUGGAAGGGUCUGAAAUGGACAUACAAAAUUCGUUCCGUGUCUUGGAGCAGUUGGCUGCCAAGGUCAAAAGUGCCAAGCCAUCGUCGGCCAAUGUGCUGGACGAUGACAUUAAGCUGAAGAAACCGGACAAAACUUUCCCCAAGGAUAUGGGAUAUGGAGGCAACAACGCCGGCGUUGGUGACUGGUGGCUUUGGGAGACGUUGUACCGCGCUGCUGUGAAACAUCAGCAAAUCACUUGGAGUGCCAACUACGAUCGUGUGCAAGGCCUCGAAGAGUCUCUAGAGUAUUUCCAGGAUAAGCACGAGAAGAAACUCGAGAAAGCCGUGCUGGCUGUGAUGCCGGAGCAACGCGAGAUGUUCCUCGUCGGAGCCAAAGCUUUUGAAUCGGCAUUGAAGAAAACGGAUGCCUUUGCUGAGGAAAUCAAAGGAAACACCACGUUGGACCAUGAGAACAUCGCGGAUGAGUUUGAACAAGGUGUCCAGAAACGCUCGAGCUCGCUCAUGCAAGAGAAGACGCACCACAAGUCGUCUAUUCUAAACAGGUCCCGCAGCAAGUACAACUCUGCCAUCCAGCAGGCGGAGACACUGUCGCCAGCGACCGCUACCGACGUGAGCAGCAAGCCUCUACCUGCAUUUGGAAGUCCAAUGCUGAGCAAGCUAGUGCUCAAAGCGCAGGUUCUUGAACGAUGGGAAAAAUCAGGUUGGAUGACGACCAUUGCGAUAUUCACAUCGGAUCGCUACUUGCAUCUGUUUGACUGCGAAGACUUGGAUACCAAGACACUGCCCCAAACCGCCUUUACCUCGAUGUUCCCGACAACGGCUACGACGCGCGCUAAUGUCCAUCAUCAGGGAAAAGGGCGCAAGAGGGCCAGUCGAGCGACCGAGCACAAGAUCCCAAAACCGAGCAUGACCUUCAACUUGGUUACCUGCACCUUGAAGACGUACGGCUACGCUAGGCGAUCCUUCGAAAUCAAGCAAGUGGCUGAUCCUACCGCGAAGAGCAAAGAUCUUCCCCACACCACCUUGAGAUUUAAGGACAAUCCAGAAGCUGCCCAAUGGUACGGGUUGCUUCAAAACCUUCCAGAAAGUGCCCCAGAGCCGUCUCCUACCCCUCAAGCCACCCACGAACAAUUGGAGCUCGACUUGCAACAAGUCGAAGCAGAGGCCGCACGCGCGAACGCUCUCUAUGACGAAGCAGACGAAUUGGCCGGUUCAAAUGACGAAGGCGGUCCUGCUUCGUCUGAGGAAGACAGCGGUAAGCGUGAGCUUGAAGACAUCUCGGAAGGCGACGAAACCCAGGUGGCUGACAACAAGAAGAAUGAGGGUGAGGGAGCUGGCGAAGGAGACAUGUUUGAGGACGCCAGCGAGUAUCUCGAAGGAUCUGGCUCAGUGGAGGGUGUUGUGGCAGAUGGCUUCAAGAAAGAAGCUGUCGAGGUUGAGACAGUUGAUGAGAAGAGUGACGAUUCAUUUCAUUCAUGGAACUAAGUGGUUACCAAAGCGUUGUGAGAGCUCGAAGAGAGGUACGGUACGCUGGCCUGCGAAGAACCUCUGGUCCAAUAGUUUGCUAAGGUUCUGUUGAUGGUUUUUUGGUGGCAGGAUUGAUGAAUUUGUUCAGGGAAGUCAAUGGACCAUGUUCCAUUGCCCAAGGAUAUUUCACAUAGUAAAAGAACAUUACAUAAAUAAUGCAUACAACCGAG